GACCCAAACUCCGAGUCACGUGACUGAUAUUCCAUCCUCGCCAUUUUGCAAUGUGGGAGAGGGAGAGAGGACACUUUUUUAUGGCUAACGAAUAAAACAAAGCAGUUUUAUGUGUUGAGGACAAAGAGCGUCGAGUCGCUUUCCGUGUCAGUCAUGGAGGAGAUCAGCAAUGUAGCUGUACUCAUCUCACACUCCUCCGCUGCCUCCUCUUCCUCCUCCACGCCAUCAGUACUGGGAUCCCACUCGCAGUCUCAAACCCAGCAAGCUGUCGAGGUGGACGCUACCCAGAGCUUUCAGCAGAAACAAGCUGCCGAUUCUCUCAUCCAGGUCAUCGAGAAGCUCAGCAAAAUCGUGGAGAAGCGGCCGCAGCGCCGCUGCACCUUGGCGGGACAGAAAAGAGUGCUCCAACAGGCUUCCUCUGCAGGGGGAGGAUGUGAGGAGGGGACGAGAGGGAGCAGAGGAGGCUCCCCUUUUAAAAAACUUAGGAGGAACUUUAAGGAGGAGGAGAACACGGAGGGGGUGAGAUUGGAUGUCAGCACACCUGACACUGUCCUUUCUCCCCUUGUGUCAGGUGACAGUAACAAUAACAACAUCACCUCUACGGUAACAGAGGUAACCAGCAAUGCCAACAGCAGUGACCACAAGCGGACAGUGACAUGCUAUCAGUGCAGCCUGUGCCCUUAUCUCUCCCCAACUCUGCCCCUGCUGAAAGAACACCUGAAGCAACACAAUGAACAACACAGUGACCUCAUCCUCAUGUGCUCCGAGUGUCGAUUUACCUCCAGAGACCAAGGGCAGUUGGAGGCUCAUGUCAGGCUGCACUUUGACAACGGGGGCAACCUGAGGAGGGACUCUUCUCCAUCAGAUACCCACAGUGAGGAGAAAGAAGAGGUUUUGAGGAAGCAGGAUGGGGACUGGGCUGGGAGCGGAGGCCAUGUGGGAACAGACAUCACAAGCUCAUUAGGCGGCUCUAAGGAGCUGCCACAGAAGAAGAAAUGGUAUAGCUAUGAGGAGUAUGGAUUGUACCGCUGCCUAAUCUGCAGCUAUGUGUGCAGCCAGCAGCGAAUGCUCAAGACCCAUGCCUGGAAGCACGCCGGCCUAGUCGACUGCUCCUAUCCUAUCUUCGAGGACGACGACGGGGCUCCCACAAGGAGAGAGGCCCCGGCUGCCAACACAGCGGCAACCAGAGAGGAAAUAGUCGUUCUUUCUCCAGUUGUCCAGGAUAAAAGUCUGCAAAAGCUCCCUACUGCCUUCAAACUCCAGCUGUGCGUGCCGAUGGCUGUUGAGAACAAAAGGGAUGUUUUAAAUCAAGUUUCUAAUCAGAGUGAAAGUCCAAAAGCAGCAGAGGAAGAGGAAGAAAGUGUAUACCCCAUCAAAGACCUGACCCCCGAGGAGCCCAUGGUGGAGGUGCAGGUGACGACAGAGGCGGAGACCGAGGUUGAGAUUCAUAGUUAUCAUGAUAACACAUCUGUCACAGACAGCUUGUUGUCAUCAGCUCAGAAGAUCAUCAACAGCGGUCCAAACAGCGCCGGCCACAUCAACGUGAUUGUAGAGCGCCUGCCAUCAGCUGAGGAUUCAGUCAUAGCGACUAACCCACUUCUUCUCAGCCCGGACGUGGACGGAAACAAGAGCUUACUGGAUACUGAGGAGGAGGAGCAGGAUAAUGUGGGAGCUGCACAUCACAACAAAGUAGAGGAUGAGGUGGUCAUAGGCAGCAGUACUGACGGCCUGGAUAUUAAACCCUCCGUCGUUAUCAGUAAUGAUUCCCCUCGGGAUGAAAACAUUCCUCCAGCCGGUCGCAAGAGGACCCACUCUGAGUCUCUCCGCCUUCACUCUUUGGCCGCUGAGGCCUUGGUAGCUAUGCCUAUGAGGACCCCCGAGCUCCCCACCUCCAGCACCAAGGUAAGUCUCAAGACCAUUACCUCCCCCACGCAGAGUCCAAACACAGGCCAGAAACUGGUAGAGGUGACUACAGCUGGACAAAAGGCUUCAGAAGUCGAGACAACAGCAGCCCUGUUGGACUUGGAGCUUCAUAGCGAGAGCAGAGAGGGAGGUUUGGGGUCCCUGGGUCUGGGUGAGGGAGAUGAGGAGGGUCCUGCAGCUAAAGCUGGCAUCAGCAUGUCUCUGCUCACCGUCAUUGAAAGACUCAGAGAGCGCUCUGACCAAAAUGCCUCAGACGAGGAUAUCUUAAAAGAGCUUCAGGAUAACGCUCAGUUCCAAAACGGAGCCGUGGCCGGUGUGGUCGCAGCGGACGGAGCUGGGAGCUACAUGUGUAGCAUUACAGGAAUGGACGGGUUGGUUGCUUCCCCAGAUGGCGGUUUAGUGGACUACAUCCCUGGCAGUGAAAGACCAUACCGAUGCCGCCUGUGUCGCUACAGCAGUGGCAACAAGGGCUACAUUAAACAGCACCUACGGGUGCACAGACAGAGGCAGCCGUAUCAGUGUCCCAUCUGUGAGCACAUCGCCUCGGACAGUAAGGACCUGGAGAGCCACAUGAUCCACCACUGCAAGACAAGGAUGUACCAGUGCAAACAGUGUCCAGACACCUUCCACUACAAGAGUCAGCUGAGAACUCAUGAAAGGGAGCACCACAGCUUCAGUGGUGACAUGGCAGCCCUCACACCAGUUAAUGAAACUGUGGCCACGGUGGAGGAAGCUGAGCGAGUAACAGAUGAAGAAUGUGGUAUGCAGAAGAUGUUCAAGUGCGAUGUGUGCGACUACACCAGCUCUACGUAUGUCGGGGUGAGGAACCACCGGCGGAUUCACAACUCUGACAAGCCUUAUCGGUGUUGCAGCUGUGAUUUCGCCACCACCAACAUGAACAGUUUAAAGAGCCAUAUGAGGAGGCACCCGCAGGAGCACCAGGCUGUGCAGCUGCUGGAGCAGUACAGGUGCUCUCUGUGCGGGUACGUGUGCAGUCAUCCCCCUUCACUCAAAUCCCACAUGUGGAAGCACGCCGGAGACCAGAACUACAACUACGAGCAAGUUAACAAAGCCAUUAACGAGGCCAUCUCCCAGAGCAGCCGUGCUCCUCAGAAGUUGUCAGCGGUUCUGGAGUCGGUGGCAGAGCGUCGCGCAGUGACCCAGCCCUCACAAGACAAAGCCAAGAGCCCAGCAGAACCGCUGCCAACACCCACAUCAACCACAGCAGCUAGCGUGGCUGCGGACAGCUCAACAGGCCUCCCCACACCCACUACAGACCCUUCACAGUGGUCAGGUGAAUCUCCAAGCCCCCAAGGGAAGGACCCUGUACAGCUCCAGUCCCAGGGCCAGACGCGCACAGGCCAGGCCCCCGGCAUGGAGUAUUGCGUGCUUCUGUUCUGCUGCUGUAUCUGCGGCUUCGAGUCCACCAGUAAAGAGCGGCUGAUGGAGCACAUGAAGGAGCAUGAGGGGGACAUCAUCAGCAUCAUCCUCAACAAGGAGCAGCAGCAGCAGCAACCAGAGCCACAAGCAGGCCUGCAGACAGCAGAGUGAGAGCCGCCUUUCCCUCUGAAACUGCGCUCUUACAACCAUCUGCUGCCCACAAAAGUCUUUCAUGAUGUUUCUUUACCUCAAGGUGGUUGUGAUGGAUAUCACGGUGUUACCAUUUCACAUCUACUGUACCAUAGUGGUAAGGCUUUAUAGUCAUUUCUCAGAAUGUUUUCUGGCUAGGUCAGUUGUCGUGUCAAAAGGGUAACAACUGUGAGGCUGUGAUAACUACUGUCCAACCCAAACACCUUGAACCUUGAAAAUUAAUGAGAUGUCUUUUACUAAAAGGAAUGUUAAAAAAAAAAAACAGAGCAAAAUUGUUAGCGGUUAAUGUCUGUCUCAUAAUUUGACAUUAAAGAGACACAAAAUGUGUCUGUUAGGGAAGUGAUUUUGAUUCCGAGGGACACUUUCGAGCUCUAAUCCAAGUUAGAUAUUUCACUAUACAGGGACAAGUUCAUACCUCACGAAACCACACAAUCCCUCAUCAGAAACGGAGAAAAAUUCACAUAUUUUCCAGUAUAAUUCAUUAUAUUGACCACAAGGCAGCUCUUUUAUUGCUACUGUAAUAUUUAAUGUAUUUAAUCUGACACCGUUGAGGCUCUAGCCAAGUAAAGGAGGUACAUGUGCAAACUCACCAAUGCCUAAAAAGGCAUGUAUCACAGCUUGAAUAUGAUUUAAUAUUUAUCAGUUUAUUUGUAUGCAUGUAAGUUUCCGUUCAGCCAGUUUAAAGAGGCAAUCGAUUAUUAUUAUUUGCUAUUUUUGUUUGUUCGUAUGAGUGUAAUUUUUUUACUCGUUGGAUCAUAUAUAAGUAGCACCUUUAGCAGAGAAGGAAGGUAUUAGUUCUUGAAGGUUGACCAGAGAAAGUAAAGAUCGGUCUGCAAUGAUUGUAGUCUACCGGCGACAGAGGUGUUGGUUAAGGGUGGAGGUGCAGGGCAUGUUGACGAAAGGAAUGAUAAAUGAUAAAAAAAAAAAGGGAAGUUGGCAUAGGUAAUCAGUUCUGGGGUUAUUUUAAUUGAAAGGUGCCUCGAUAUUUGAAAGCAGGAAUAUGAUGUACAGAAUCAGACACACCUGUUUUCACUUGUGAUUGUGGUGCUAGGCUCACUUUAAGAGUAUCGUUGUCCUGAAGAGUUAUAGUCCGUUUUUAUAGCCCAUGCAAUUUAUGUUGUAUAUAAUAACAUUUUUAUAUAACCUUUUUUGUCAGUGUUUUUAAAAUACAAAGUUUCUAGUGUCAAACACAACUUGAAAUGACUGCUAACAAACAUGCCUGAAAUAAGGAGACAUGGAUGUGAAAAUAAAGUUUGUAAGGCGA